AUUGGGUCCCGCAGUGGUAAUUCCUGGUCAGACAGACUAGCUGGUUCUGGUGGGAGACCUCUUUUGGGAGCAGCCUCCUCUCGGCCAGGACCUCCUACAAUAUGUCCUGGAGGUGGCGUUGGUGACGAACCUUUCGAUGAGCAAAUUUCUACUAGUUGGAAUUCUUCUGUUGCUAGUGGUAACAAUAGAGUGGGAUCUUCACAUCUAAACGGAUCGGUUGGUUGUACUGAUUCUUGGGGUGGCGAGUGGACCGACUUGGCUGCAGCAACAGGUCUCAUAGAGAAUCAAAAGCCUGGAAAGUGGCAUGGGCACCAGCGACCUAUGCCGAUUUCUAGUUGGCAAUCUAACAACAAUGCUAACAGCAAUUCUGGAAAUAGACCAUUGCUACAGCUUCGUCCUCAUAGUAACACUUAUCGCGCUGACUCCGUAAGACACUUUAUGUCUCUCGGUUACAGAAAAGAGGACGUCCAGGCUUGUUUGAUUGAAUGCAACAUGGACAUUGAACGUGUGGCUGCAAUGUUAUGUGAGCGUUACCAGCCCUCACCUGCCGCUGGCGCUGCCCACUCCGCUUCAUCCUUUUCUCGCUUCUCUGGUCAGUCCCUAAAUGGUCCUAAUGGACAUUCGAUUUGUCCAGAUGUCUUCAAGCCGAUGUUGGAAGCUGGCGCAAGCCUGAGUCCUGGGGAUGCUUUAGGAUUCAGACAGUUCGGAGCCGUAGCUGCCGCUACCGCUUCUGCAGCCUCGACUGCACAACCACAACAAACUCAUAAUCGGCUUCCAGCAAGCGUUGGCAUGGUUGGUCAACUAGCCACUCAACAUCCGAAUUCGGCCAUCAUGCGACACCAAAUCACACAACAGGUCCAUUUUAUCUUCCUCUACUUUUUAGCCGAAGCACCCCGGGCGCCGCGGCGCACUGUUUGGGAAUCAUUGGCCUAG